UUUAGGAAAUUAAAUUCCCUUUUGGUCUCAGAAAAGGGACUAAAAACCAGCACAUAAAUAUUCAUGAACCUUUCACAGUAGCCUAACCUUUUGAAGUGUUUGACAUGUACAGUACAAGCACGACUAUUCAUAAGCAGAUCUGUGCUAUGGAAAGGGUUACUGUCCCAUUAGCUGCUAUAUAGAACCAUAGCCCCACCUCUAGACCGAAGCAGGAAGAAGUGAAACUAAAUAAGCUCAAUACGACUGAUACAGGAAGUUACACAAACCGGCAUUCAAGUUUGUCAAAAUGCCUUCCACAAAUGGUCACAACCUGCAGGGGAAAAAAGACAGAGACUUUGCUGGGAGGAAACUGAAGUCACUUCCCAAGUCAAUUUUUGAUAACUGCGAGAUCAUCACAAAGGUUGACCUACAGCGCAACAGGCUGAAACAGGUCAGUGGGAUUUCUCAGCUUGUUAACCUUACAGAGCUGAUUCUGUCCAGAAAUGAAUUGGCAGAUUUUCCUGAGGAGAUUGGAAAACUCCAUCACUUAAAGACAUUGUACAUCAAUCAAAACAUCAUCAAGUGCAUAUCUGAGAAAGUUUUCCCAAGUCUACAAAAACUUGAAUUUCUCAAGUUAAGCACAAACCGCUUAAUGGAGCUCCCAUCUGACAUCAACCAGUGCCGAAGCCUCAUUUACCUGAACGCAUCAAACAACUACUUGAAGGAUCUGCAAGCUCUGGUGGGUGUUCCAAAACUUCGGGAUUUGUAUGUGGAAAAUAACAGGCUGACAGAUCUCCCUGGGGAGUUGUUUGCGAAUCUGACCAUGUUCAAAGCCACUGGCAACCCACUGAGGAAGCCACCAGGGGACAUCUGUAUUGGUGGCUUAAAAGACAUUCGCUCUUAUUUCACAAUGUUAAGGGAUAGCUCAUCCCCAGUGACGGUCAAGACCAUCAAGACAAUGUUCCUUGGAUCAUCAAUGGCAGGAAAGUCCACACUCUGUCGCAGUUUUCAGAGUUCCCGUCCAGUGGAAGUAGACGUAGCUGACAGGACUGUGGGCAUUGAAAUUAUCGAGGUAGAAAAAGGAGGUGUCCGUUUCCUCUGCUGGGAUUUUGCUGGACAAGAAGAGUACUACAUAACCCACCAUGUCUUCAUAACCCCCCAGGCAUUUGUCAUCCUCGCAAUUGAUUUGUCAAGCUAUGACCCCUCAGACCCCCAGUCUUUCGAGGAACAUGUGAGCUUUUGGAUCAGCAAUAUCCAGCUGCGGGUCCCUGACUCUGUGGUUUUGCCAGUGGGAACUCAUGUUGACCAGUGUCUAGACAUUGACCGUAAGAAAAAGCAUAUCAACAGCAAGCUGCAGAGCAUGCUAACUGAUAGGACAGAAACUUUACAGCAGCUGAAAAAGAAGCUCCAGGAAUCAGACGACCCCUCGCUUUACUCAGAUCAGAUGAAUGACCUUAGUAGGCUCACACACUACAAGCUGAAGGUACUUGACCUUCUACUUGUUGACUGCACCAAACCUGGAUAUAUUCAGAUGUUCCAAGAUCACACUCUGAAGGAAGUCACAAAUAAGGACAACUUUCCAAGCAUUGAGAGGACACUACCAGGGAUCUAUCAAGAAGUAGAGAAAGAGAUUCAAGAUCUCCUCAUAGAAGAUGAUAUACCUCAGCAUGGAAGAGUGACUCUUUCUGACCUGCUAGAUAUAUAUAUCAGCCAAAAGGAACUGGAUCCAGAAAACAUCAAGUGCAUUCUACGUUACUUCCACCGGAUCGGGGUAAUUGUUUGGUAUGAGGAGAUUGAGUCUCUGAAGAAUGACGUGUUUCUGAAGCCAUCUAUAUUGAUUACAUUAUUUAAGGCCAUCAUAAGACAUGACUUGGAAAAGCAAAUAAAAGACAUCACAAUGCGACAGCUGAAAAGCAUGAAGGUCCUGAACAAGCACAGGGAGACCUGGUUGAGUGAUUAUAAGGAGAAAGCCACCCUACACAAUGUAGCCAUAUCAAUCCUGGUGCAGAAAGAGCUUGAAACGUUGCAUCUUGAUGAUGCAGACCUUGUUCAAGAAAUUGUAGGCAAUGGCAAUAAACCAGGGAGCCUACUUUGCCUCCUUCAGCACUUUGAAGUGUGUCUACCAACUAAAAUAACAAGCCCACUCAAUCCCACAGCCCCAGAGUUCCACCCCAACAAAACAUGGGUGGCCUCUAACCCCAACGUGUACGAUCCUGACAGUGCCUGCAUGUUUCCCAGCUAUCUACAGAACAAUGAUAGAGUUUUUCAAAUGUGGGGGGAGGAUAAGAUGAGUGAUCUCACUGUUCACAUAUACUUCAUCCCAGAGAUUCCUUAUGGAUUUUUCCACAGACUCGUCAUCAAGACCUGUCCACUGUAUACCACUCACUGGGUGGGGAAAGACCAAUGCUGUUUUAGCUCUUGCAAAACUCUGACCCUAAUUCAAGUGAAAAAUGUGGAGGGGGACCAAUACAUUAACAUCCGCUGCAAAGAACAGACAGACAAAAAUGAAAUAAAGAAGUCUUGGCAAAUGGUCCGGGAUAUCAUGCUUAAGAUGGAUCAGCUGGCCCAGGAGUGGCCUGGCCUAAUCCAAUAUGUCCACAGUCCCUGUAAGGAGUAUGGCUGUUCUGCAUACUUUCAGUGGCGAGAUUGGACAGACUGGCUGAAGUCCCCUGGAUCUGGCAAGAGUGACAGCAGCACAAAAGAGGAAAAAGUUACUUGCCGCAAUGGACAUACACGACGGAUUGAGCUGAUUUAUCCCAAAGGACUGUUCAACUCUGAUUCUACGGAAAACCAGGCUGCUUGAACAUUAUCUACAUGAUCUGUUUAGGUAAAAUCUGAAAUGAAUACUGACAACCACAAUGAACAUAAAGUCCAUCUGUCACAUGCACCGUGUCUAAAAUGUUUGAUGUGCCUGUAAUUUUUUGAGACCCUGUAAAGUACACUAUGUUGAAUGUAUCACUAAAAAUCAAAGAAGAUA